UAUUUUUAGACUGGGUUCUCAAACUUAGUUAUCAAUAGAUCAUUUUAGCUUCUAAUUAAGAAAACCCUCCUGGACUCGUCCGUGAAAUACUGAAAGUGGACCCCGUUGUACUUCCUUUUUUCUGUCAACAUGGCUCCUAAGAAGAAGGGAUCCGAUAAAGCCUCCAAGAAACCUGCAAAGGCAGAUGCCAGCAAGGCAAAAGCAGGUGGUGAUCAGCCAAAAGCUGUAGCCAAGGCAUCAAAGGCCAAGAAGAAUGUACUAAGAGGAGUUCACAGUAAGCGCAGCCGUAAAGUACGCACCUCUGUACAGUUCAGAAGGCCCAAAACAUUGAAAUUGCCAAGAGCACCAAAAUAUCCAAGAAAAAGUGUACCAAGAACACCAAGAUUGGACCAGUUCAGAAUUGUGAAGUUCCCCCUCACCACUGAAUCUGCCAUGAAAAAAAUUGAAGACAACAACACAUUGGUAUUUAUUGUUGAUAAAAGGGCCAACAAACCACAAAUACAGAGUGCUGUGAAAAAAUUGUACGAUAUUGAUGUAGCAAAGGUCAACACACUAAACAGGCCUGAUGGUGAGAAGAAGGCUUAUGUAAGACUGGCACCCGACUAUGAUGCUCUAGAUGUCGCUAACAAGAUUGGCAUCAUAUAGACAUCUUGUUUUGUGCUGUACAUAGUCUAAUGAAAAUAAAGAGAAAAAACUAU